AGGCGACGAUUCUUGACGUUGCUCUGGACUUGAUAUCUUUUCUAAAAGAUCGAUCUGCUUAUCGAGUCCACAGAUCUUCACUUGCUCUUCGUACUUCUGGCUUAGAUGACGAUGAAAUCAUUGGAGACGGUAACACAACUAUUCAAAGGAUGAAACAAAUGGCCGCUAACAAGCCUCAUAACCCGUACGAUAUGCAAAGGUGGCAAAGGCAGCUUAUGAACUUGGCCGGAACUUUGGACAAAUACUUGUCGCUCUUGCAAAAAGAAAAAGAAGGCAGACUCGAAGUUGCUAUCAAUGAAAACGAUGACCAACAGGACGCCCAACAAUAUAUAGACGCUUUAUCUGAAUUUAGCACUGAUCCAAGCGUGAGCCAUCCAUCCCACACAAGCAGCGGAGCUUCGAUAGGUUCAGCAGGAUUUGAUACUGGGAAUCUGAGACCGAAUUUUAAUUCUAAUAAUAACAACAACAAUAAUAAUAAUAAUAAUGCGGCGGAUGCAAAUGUUAGACGGUUACCAGUAUUAGAUUUAAGAGACACGUCUGCCAAUACAAUUUUAAAUCAUAUUGGACAAGCAGCGUAUGUCCAGGAUGGUAGAAAUAUUUUAAGCCCAAAUAGCAUAGACGGGGAACGGUUUCUUAGUGGUAAUUCUGUGGAAAAUUUGCACCGGUAUCCUUCACAAGAAGAGGAGAUAUCGCAUCCUGGAUUUAAUCAUAAUCAGCACGCUAGAGAUUUCAGAUCCUUGCCUGCGUCGUCGAGGACAUCACCAAGUAAAGCAGUUGUUUCGGCGUACUGUCGUCUGGAUACUGACGCCAGACGACGAUCAAAAAGUAUUUCAAAUGUGUCUGAUUUGAAUGGAGCACGACACGUGUCUCAACUACGAAUGAACGUUGGGUCAACGCAGGGGCGUGGCCGAAACACAAAUACGUCAUCAGCAAGAAGAGCGCGUUCAGUGGAAGCUCGACAAAAUAAAUUUCCACAACCAAGCAACGAUGAAACCGAAACAAAAAUAAUCGCCACAGUUCAAAAGCCUAACACCGGGGCUCGACCAAAAGUACGACAAGUUAUUACUCAGCCUAAGCCAAGACAGCGCAGUAAUCAGCCUAUUCGCCAUAAUUCGAGUACGCAUUCCGAAAGUUCCAGUUGUUCCGAUAUGGAUACGCCAAGAGGACUGAGAACACGUCAUCAGCGACUGGUGACGUCAUCAGCAGGCACACAAUGUGAUUUCGACUCAGGCGCAAGACAAAGAGAAAAAAACGCUGAGGAUAAGCUGAAACAAAUGAAGAGAAAAGCUGAUCUUCUCAAAACGGGACUCGAUGAAGCCCGUCAGGAACGUGACGAGAAAGAUCGAAAAAUUUCAGUUUUACAAGCUCGACUUGAUCGUAUGAAGAAAAAUUUGGUGACUGGAGAAAGCGAGAAAGGGGGGGUGGAAGAAGAAAUGGAUCGCUUGAAAAAAUUACUCAAAGAAAAAUCUGAAGAGUCGGAUGAAGAAAUAGCUAUUCUGAAAAAACGCCUGGAAGAAUUGGAAAAAAAAUUAGAAAAGGAGAGAGAGCGAUACGAGAGAAUGAGCGGGACAGUGGAAGAUUUACAAAGACAAUUGAUUGCCUCGCAACAAAAAUAUGAAGCGAUUGCAGAUGGGAAAGCAGAACUGGAACAAAGAAUUCACGACUUAACAUUAGCACUUAUGCACGAAAGACAGCACAACAAGAGAUUGCAAGAAGAAAAUACCAGAUUAGAAGACGAAUUGAAUUCAGCAAAUCACAAAUUAGAAGAAAACGCUGAAGAAGGUCAAAGGUCAAAACAAAAAUUGCAGACUUUGAACGACGAACUCGAAGGAAAAUUAGCUCAACAGAGAAAUCUUGAGAAAAAGACUUCUUACGAUAAAUUUGCGGCAGAAGAAAAGUCUGCCGAAUUAGAAACCGAACUGGAACAAGCGGAAAACAAAAUUGAAAAACUAGAAGAAGAGAAUCAAAAACUUAACGACCAGAAGCGAGAAUUAGUAGAAGCUCUGUCGCACGAGCAGAUGAUGUCCAAAGAUUUGGCUAAAUGUUAUAUCGAUCAGGUUCAAUAUUUAAAUCAUGAGCUAAAAGUAAACAAAGAAAUGAAGGAAGCACAAGCAGAACAAUAUGACAAAGAAAUAUCUAGACUGCUCUCGGAAGGGGAAAGCAAGUCAGCAGACGACACAAAUUCGAGACAAGUAAAGCGAGAGAAAGAUCGUGCAAGAGAAUUAGAAGAAGAAAAUGAGAGAUUACGAAAUGAGUGUGACGAAAUUCGACGCAAAAAGGAAUCAAAGUCAAGCGAAACUUCGACUGAAGAGAAGUCUGUGCAAGCAGAAGAUACGUCUUAUAUGAGAAUGCGAGCAUUUGAUUGGUAUUCAUCAGAAGCACGUAGAGACGCACUUAGACUCACAGAACGUGGUCGUCAAUUGGAUCUUGAGACUCGAAGGAGAAUGAAAAUUGCGCGUGAUGCUAUGCACCAAGUUAAUUGUUCGCUAAGAAGAGAAAAUAACGAAAUAGGAACAAAGAAGAAUCAUUCACCGCAGAAAAGAUGACUUGGGAUUUAAAAAAGGAAUUUCAAUUUUAAAGUGCUCCUCCAAUCGUAAAUGCAGUUGGAAUUCAUCGUGUGUGUACGGCGUGUGGUACAUUUCAGUCAUAUAAUUUAGCAAUUUUUUUGGUGAAAUAACAAAAAAGAUCAUUACGAAUAAUGACAUGAAUGAAAUAUAUGAUAGGUUAAAUAUUUAGCUUUAGAAUUUAGCCAUUGUCAUCUAACAACAGCUGGGAAAUUUUGGAUACCUAUUAAUAUUGUUUAAUAUUUAAUAACUAGUUAACAUAUAUUCGGGAUUUAAAAUGCAGAUUUUGUCGCAACUUUAUUUUCUAUACUAGGAACGCGUCGGUAACGAAUUUUUUACCCAAAAUUCAAUUUUUCAUGGACCAUUUUUGUGACACCCAUGACCAACUUUUUUUCCUAUAUUUUGAGUCUAGUUUGAUUAUAUUUCUAUUUAUUGACCAAUCGCUUUGCAGCCAAUUUAUUUACGAUCUACCCUAAAGUAUAAUUAUUAGGAUAUGAUCAAUAAAUCAUUUUUUUCAAGUUGUUAGGUUCAUCAGCGGCGUUAGAAAUGUUUUUUUUUAAAUGAGAGCGCUCACCGAAGUUAGCAUUGUUUUUUUGAUGUAAAAGACUUCAUAUGUUUUUCUGUUAAUUAAUUUUCUGUACAGUAUAAUAUAUUUUUUGUUUAUCUUGACGUUUUCUAAAUGUUCCAUUUGCAGUCGG